UACACAAAGACCCUUCCACCCACCGUUUGCAUUUUCAUGUACUUUUCUCUCACCUCGUUCAGUUUUUCUCUCUCCUAGGGUUUGAGCUCGUUCCCCGGCUCUGUCGUUUUCUUCGUUCGUCUCUGCAAUGGCGCAAGAGGAGGUUGCCAACGGUGCUUCAGCUGAGAAGACAGUGACGUUCACGGCGUUCAAGCCGCUGCUGACGGUUGAGGCUCCCAAAGCAGCCGAUGCUGUUCAGUUCUACAAGUCUGCAUUCGGUGCUGUGGAGAUCAGGCGUUCUCUGAACCCUAAGCGCAAGGCUGACCAGGAGUUCACUCAGAUCAUCUCGGCUGAGCUUCAGCUCUCUGGCUUUACCUUCUUCGUCUCCGAUGCCUCUGGUGAUUCUACUGCUGUCGGGAAGACCGAGGGAGUUUCUAUAGCGAUUUGGCUCGAGACUGAAGACGUGGAAGCCACCAUUGUAAAAGCUGUGGCCGCUGGAGCUGUGAAGGACGGAGAGUCCGCGAAUGGAGAAGCUGGCGCGUGCUGCGGCGGUGGCGUCCAAGCAAAUUUGAAGGACCCGUACGGGUUCAUCUGGAUCAUCAGCUCGGCGACCAAGAAAGCCGAAACCGUCGAGGACAAUUAACCACCGUCCGAUCUGAUCAUCAUCGUCGGUUCCGGUAAAAAAACUAUCACAAACUUCUACGCUUGAUUUCGGUACCAGUAUGUAUAUAUAUCUGGUGGCAGAGUAUGUUAGGCUAAUUUUCAGUAAUAUGGGUCUAUUUUGGCGUAACAACUUUCGCACGGGUAUGUAUGCGUUUACUCUUUUCGUAUAUUUUUUUAUUCUGGGCCUGUCUUGUUGCGUGGUUCGGUGAAACGAGGGGUAAUAUCGUCUUUUAAAAAUUAACUUCCUACGAAUUA